AUGGGAGCUGCACGUGUCAAGAGACGUUUCAGUGCUGUGGUGGACAGCCCGGUAGACGAAGAGGAGGUCAUGAAGCUGGCGCAAAGCGCAGCAGAUACAGCACGGACCGGGGGUGGCGCAGGCAGUCCCGGGGCCUCCGCCAACCCGUCUCCGACCCGCAAUGGCAGAGUGCUCACUGCACAGGGGGACGGAAGCGGGAGCAGUGGAGGCGCAGCUCGAGCAGGGGGAGCUGGAGGAGGAGUGUGCAGGGGAGGACGCUUGGGGCUGAGGGGGCUGGGGGGAACGGGCGGCGGCUGCUCCUUCCCCGAGUGGGACCCGGCCUCCCCUUCCCCUCCCCCUCCCAGUCGCCGUCGCCGGCCCCGCAGCCGCUUUGUGGGCAAGGACGGGCGCUGCAACGUCACCUUCGUCAACAUGAGCGAGAGGGGCCAGCGAUACCUCACCGACCUCUUCACCACCUGUGUGGACAUCCGCUGGCGCUGGAUGUUUGUGGUAUUCUCCCUCUCCUUCCUCCUCUCCUGGCUGCUCUUCGGGUUCACCUUCUGGCUCAUUGCCUCUGCCCACGGGGACCUCUCUGCCUCCUCAGCCUCCAGCCCUGCCUCCUCAGGAUCGCAGGGGAAGCUGGAGGAGGAGCCCUGCUUCCUUCAGGUGAACAGCUUCAUGGCGGCCUUCCUCUUCUCUCUGGAGACCCAAACCUCCAUAGGCUACGGCUUCCGUAGCGUGACGGAGGCCUGCCCCCUGGCGGUGCUGGCGGUCGUGUUGCAGUGCAUUGUGGGCUGCAUCAUCGACGCCUUCAUCAUCGGGGCGGUCAUGGCCAAGAUCGCCAAGCCCAAGAAGCGCAAUGAAACACUGGUGUUCUCUGACACGGCGGUGGUGGCCCUGCGUGAUGGCAAGCUCUGCAUGAUGUGGCGAGUGGGCAACCUGAGGAAGAGUCACCUGGUUGAGGCUCACGUUCGCGCCCAACUUCUCAAGCCAAGGGUGACCCCAGAGGGCGAGUACCUUCCUCUGGACCAUGUGGACAUAAACGUGGGCUUUGACACAGGCACAGACCGGAUCUUCCUGGUGUCGCCCAUCACCAUUGUGCACGAGAUUGAUGAGGAAAGCCCGUUCUUUGAGAUGGACAAGCAGACCCUGGAGGGUGAUGAGGAGCUGGAGGUGGUGGUCAUCCUAGAAGGAAUGGUAGAGGCCACCGCCAUGACCACGCAGUGCCGCAGCUCCUACCUGACCUCCGAAAUCCUAUGGGGUCACCGCUUUGAGCCAGUGCUCUUUGAGAAGAAGAACUGCUACCAGGUGGACUACUCCUACUUCCAUCGCACGUACGAGAUUCCCAGCACGCCCACUUGCAGUGCAAAGGAGCUUGCAGAGAAGAAGUACAUCGAAGGGUCCCGCUCCUCGUUUUGUUAUGAGAACGAAGUCGCGCUGCAGCUCUCGUCCCCUGCCCCACAGUCUCCUUCGCCGCCUCCCCAGAGCGACUCGCACACAGAGCUAAUUCACCCUCACACACACUGAGGAAGGGGAGCUGAGACGGUGGGCUGGUACGUUAGACGGGCAGACCGAGGUGAGAACAGGGUGAUGAAAGAGCAGGGAGGCAGUUUAGAGAAAGGAAAGCAUUGCAGGAAGUGGAAAGAAAGAGAACAAAAAAGCCGUGAAGGACAUGGCGAUGAGAUGAAAAUGAGAGGAUGAGGCAAGGAU